AUGAUGACUACGCUACCGCAUACAACAGACUCAUUCUCAUCAAAGUCUGAUCCCGUUACAUUUGGUUUAUCGAAGGACUUAGAUGUUCCAAUUAUCUUAAAAGUAUGUUAUCUUCAACAGGCAGAAAAAGGAUCCUCUGAAUUAGCUACAUCAUCAGCCAAGUUUGAAAACCCUCUGAUAUUUCAAAAGCUAUCUAACAUAUUCAGAAACUCAGAAUUGUUCGUUAAAGUAUAUGUUUACGAUUGUAACAAUACUUUGGUAUCUAUUCCUGUUCAAACAUCCUACACUGCUUUCAGCGGAAAGAAGCGAUUGUGGAAUCAAUAUUUGAAAUUGGCUAUCAAUUACAACCAGCUUACAAUUGAUGGGUAUUUAAAACUCUCACUUUAUGAAAUUGUUAACACGAAACCGGUGGAGUUUGGUGUGGGAUAUCUAUCAAUAUUUAAUAAAAAUAACGCCACAUUAAGGAAGGGCUCUCAAAAGGUACCAAUAUAUAUAACACCAACUGGGAUCAAGUCUGUUGAGUAUGGUGAUAUUACUGGUCUUACUGAGAUAGAGAAGAAUCUUAUCAAAUAUGAAAAUGGAGAAUUUUCAAGAAUUGGAUGGUUGGAUAAGUUGGUAAUACCUGAAAUUGAGAGGGCCAUGAAAUACAGCAAUGUUGAUGACACAACACCAUACCACUUAUAUGUUGAAUUACCUAAUUUCGAAUUACCGAUUGUUUUUUCUGAUAUUACGUAUAAUUUUCAAUCAUUUAAACCUAGUCAAAAAAGCGUUGAGACUACUUACGUGGAUGCCUCCAACACAAAUGUAAUUAAUUCUAUCGAUAUCCCCACUUCCAAGAGGGAACUUCCAAUGGGAAAGGUUUAUGAUCCUGAUUUUGACUUUACGGCCUUGAGCACCAAUCAGAAUAACUCCGUAUUGCCUUUGAAUCCAAUUGAAAUGAAAUAUCAUAAACUAGAAAGAAAUAUUAACAAUAACUCCAUAUUAGACAAGGAAAUCAAGCCAUCUCCUCAAAUAAGAGAUGAAUUAAUGAAAAUUUUAUUGAAACCCUCGAAUGUCGAGCUCAAUGACACAGAGAAGAAUUUAAUUUGGAAAUUCAGAUACUUUUUCAGUAAGAAUAACUCGAUCAGCGAUAAAGCCAACAAGGCAGCAACUACCAAGUCUUUUCUUCCAAAGUUUUUGAAAUCCAUUAAUUGGGAUAACGACUAUGAACUUGAUCAUGUAUUCAAUGAAAUCAUUCCACAUUAUUGGUCCGUCGAAAGAAUACAAAUUGGUGAUGCAAUGGAACUUUUGGAUAAUUAUUUUAACCCAUACAAUUUGACGUCCACUAUAAUUUCUCAAUCCACUAACAUUGAUUCUAAUAAAGACAACAAAAGAAAGAAUGAUGAAGAAAGAUUUAUCAAAAUAUUCCAGCAUGUUACAUUUUUGAGGAAGUUUGCAGUAGAUAGGUUGAAGCUAGCUAGCAGCGACGAGCUUUUGCUUUACUUGUUACAACUAGUUCAAGCUUUGAGAUACGAGUCUUGGAUAUACGAUAAAAAUGUGGUACCUUUUGUAGGUAAUACCCAAAACUUUCAAAUGAUUGAUGAAUUAAACAGUGAUAAUAAUAUCUUACGAUACCCAUUAGCUAAGUUUUUGAUAGACAGAUCUAUUAAAAAUGAAACCUUGGGAAAUUUUUUCUACUGGUACGUGAAAGUUGAAAACGAGGACCAAAUUAAUAAUCCUUCACCAAAAUCUACUCAAAUUUAUUCGUUGAUACUUAACAAGUAUAUUGAAGCCCUUAAAAAGCAUUCACAAAGUACGAAGUCUCAUCAGUAUAAGAACCUCAAAAGACAGAUUUGGUUCAUCAAGAAAUUGACUGGUUUAGUCGAGCUCUUGAGAACUACAUUUAGGAGAAACGAAGCAACGAUCAAAAAGAUUCAAUUUUUGAGAGAAUACUUGUCAGAUUCUUCAAAUGAACUUUUAAAAAUUUCUGAACCCUUUCCAUUACCUUUAGACCCAUCCGUAACUAUAUGUGGUUGUUAUCCAGAGGAAAGUUCUGUCUUUAAAUCGAGUUUGGCACCUUUAAAGAUUACUUUCAAGACUAUUGAACACUCUAACCAAUCUAGUUCUUCUCAAAUUUUUGGUAAGAAGAGCCAAAAACAUGGAAAAUAUACUUUAAUGUUUAAAAUUGGGGACGACUUACGACAGGAUCAAUUGGUCAUUCAAAUAAUCAACUUGAUGGACCAAUUAUUGAAAAAUGAGAAUCUUGAUUUAAGGUUGACACCAUACAAAAUUCUAGCAACUAGUCCCAUUGCGGGUCUUAUCCAAUUCGUGCCAAACGAGACCCUUGAUUCUGUUUUAUCAGAGACUUAUCCUCCAGCAAUUGUGUAUAAUGACAGUACAUCAUCUAAUAAUGCAAUUGCUAGCAGGAGCGAUGACAAUGGUACACAAGCUACUGGCACGAAUACGCCUAACAUAAUGUCAAACAAUGGUAUUUUAUGUUACUUGAGGCUACAUAGUCAAGAAAUUCAGUCCGCUGAACCUGAAGGGUCUAGCGUUUUAAAUAGCUCACAGGAAUCACUGAAACAACUAAUAAAACGUCCACAACAUACGAUAUCAUCCGAUCUUGGAGUUUCUUCUGUUGUCAUGGAUAAUUAUGUAAAGUCAUGUGCUGGUUAUUGUGUGAUCACAUACUUGUUAGGUGUUGGAGAUAGACAUCUUGAUAACUUGUUACUUUCUCCUAACGGGAAGUUCUGGCAUGCAGAUUUUGGUUAUAUUUUAGGUAGGGAUCCUAAACCAUUUCCUCCUUUAAUGAAGUUACCUAUACAAGUAAUUGAUGGAAUGGGAGGGAUGAGCCACGAGAACUUCAAGAUUUUCAAAAGCUAUUGCUUCAUUACGUAUACUACAUUAAGGAAGAAUAGUAAUUUAAUAUUAAACUUGUUCCAACUUAUGCUAGAUGCCAACAUUCCUGACAUCCAAAUGGAUCCUAGAAGAGCAGUUGAAAAAGUACAAGAGAAAUUUUGCUUGGAAAUGACUGAAGAAGAAGCCAUAAUACAUUUCCAAACAUUGAUAAAUGAUAGCGUUAAUGCAUUCUUACCGGUCGUUAUUGAUAGGUUACAUAGUUUAGCUCAAUACUGGAGAGCAUGA